AUAUAAUACCCACAUACAGUUUUAGUAGGACACCUUUCACCCUAAUACUACAUUGCCCGAUAAGCUAAGGAAUUGCUCAUGCCAUAUGUGUGUGUGUUCCCAGCAGCCAGUGAAGGAGGUGCUUCCUCUGCCACACCACUCUGACCCCAGCCAACACCAUGUGUCCUCUUCCUUGGUGACUCCAGCUGCCGCUCUAAAGAAACACAGCACAAGCUCCAUCCAGCAUGUGCAGCUGGCCUCCUCAGUGGUGACGUCAUUCAGUCACCUGAAGCCUCCAGAGAAGGACACCACCGUGCUGGCUCAUAUGAAGCCGAUCAAGUCCCUGAGACAGGCUGGUUUCACUGCUGUCUUCACCGGAAAAGCGAACGUCACGAAGCCUGAGAGUGAGGUGAAGGUCCCGAUCAUUGAUGUGAUCCUGGCAGACGUUGACUCUCUGGUGCCCACUCAUGACGAAGGCGGACAGCCCAUAACAGAGUGGAAACGCCAGGUGAUGGUGCGGCAGCUGCAGGUCCGGCUGCAGGAUGAGGAAGAACACUCCUCCCUCCAGGGCAUGACUGAUGAAUACACACAUGGGGACGGCUGGAAGUACUCCCAAAACCACAACACUGUCCUGGGACCUUUCGGUGAGCUGCUAACUGAGGAUGACCUGGUAUACCUGCAGCAACAGAUUGAGAAUAUGUCAGUGCAGAAGCGACGUCAGGCCUACGAACUGGAGCUGAGCAGGCUGACCGAGGAGCUGAGGGCCAUCUUACCUGAUCCGCUUUUCAACAUAAGCCUUAACAAAGAGAUGGUACAGCAGAUGGAGUCAGAGGGACGAUGGACUUUACCGAAGUGGUGCCGUCUUGUGUCAGAGAUCGUCAAGAAUGUGUCGCUGCUCAUGACCAAUAGCACGGUGGAUGAAAUGACCAAUGGCUUUUUAGAAGCUGCAAAUAACAUAGGAAUUGGUCCAGGCCAGGUUCUGAUGCAAGAAGGCCAGAAGAUGGCUCCAACACAUGGGGAGACAUCGAGUAGUUACAAGAUAGGGAACAUAGAGAUGGAGGCACCAUGUGGCCUUCCUCUGGACACCAGCUGCUUCAGCAGAUCCCAGAGGGAAAAGGUGUCAAGGGAGAUCCAGCAGUCUGGGGUGUCGGUCAGAAACCUCAGAUCCAACUUUGAGGCACAGAUCGGAUCUCCUGCAGAAAACAACCAGAGCGACAACACAGCCUCUGAUUUGCAAGUGCACCCCUGUGAAGCUACUAAACAUCUGGGAUCAGUCAUGGAAACCACCAGAUUAAGGAAAGAGCGUAUAGUCAUCCUGUUCCUCAGCCACUGGAAGAAGUCUGCAUAUGCUGCUUCACUGAGAGCAGGGAGGCUGAGAAGCAACCAGGAGGCUUCUUCAAGCAGAGCGCAGCAUCCUCACCAGAAGACCACCUCCAUGCCUCACGUCUGCCGACAAAGAGGUGCUGUGGACAAGAUGCUCCACUCCUGGAAGAACAAACUAGCCCCCAAAGAUGCGAAAAGUCCUUCAGUGACCUACUCGCCAGAACAAUUCCUGCAAGAUGUGAACGGUGCAGCAAUGACACAUGAUAGCUUGACCCUUGACCUAUUCAUGCUGGGAUACUUCCACAUAUUAGAGCAAAAACUGUCGCCCGAGGAGAGGAAAAUGAGGCAUCUCCUCUGCUUUGAAGUCUUUGACCAUGUAGGGAGCUUCCCGUGGGAAAUGGUCCGUGACUUCCACAAGGCUGUUCUGCAGGAAAUCCAGGCUGGGAAGAGACAGUGGAACGACGGCUUUGAAGACAUCAAAGCUCGCUUCUUUGGCAGCUCAACACUAUGCCGCCGUUCAUCAUCAUCAUUCUUGUUGCCAGACAUCAGGCUAGUACCAAAGGUUAUAGUUCAGCCCGACACGCCACAGGAUGGCGACAGUGACAAAAACAUCCUGCGCCAGCAGUGA